UGCUUGGGAGUUCAGGUGGACAACAGCAACUUCUCAAAACUGCUCUUCACUCCUAACUUCUCUCGAGCCUCUAGAAGAGAAACGGACUCUUCUGGGCCCUAACGGAGUCUGGAAGAAGGCUUUGGACAGAACAGGGACUAGGUUUUGUGGACAGAAACAAAGUGUUUGGGAGAGAUUAUGGCCAGUGGUCAAGCGCGCCCCCCGUUUGAGGAGGAGAGCCCCCAGCCUAGCACAACGGUGCGGUCCCCCGAGGUGGUGGUGGAUGAUGAAGUGCCAGGACCAUCAGCCCCUUGGAUAGAUCCCAGCCCCCAGCCUCAAUCCCUUGGCCUGAAAAGGAAGAGCGAAUGGUCAGACGAAUCCGAGGAGGAGCUGGAGGAGGAGCUGGAGUUGGAGCGCGCCCCUGAGCCCGAGGACACCUGGGUGGUGGAGACGCUGUGUGGGCUCAAGAUGAAGCUGAAGCGAAAGCGAGCAUCCUCCGUGCUCCCUGAGCACCACGAGGCCUUCAACAGGCUCCUUGGGGAUCCUGUCGUUCAAAAAUUCCUGGCCUGGGACAAAGACCUGAGGGUGUCAGACAAGCAUCUCCUGGCUAUGGUCAUAGCGUAUUUUAGCCGUGCCGGCCUCUUCUCAUGGCAAUACCAACGCAUUCAUUUCUUCCUGGCUCUCUACCUGGCCAGUGACAUGGAGGAGGACAACCAGGCCCCGAAACAAGACAUCUUCUCCUUCCUCUACGGGAAGAACUACUCCCAGCGACCCUUGUUCCAUAAGCUUCGAUACCAGCUCCUCUGUUCCAUGCGCUGGAGGACGUGGGUUUCCCCAGAGGAGAUGGAGGAGAUCCAGGCUUAUGACCCAGAGCACUGGGUGUGGGCCCGAGAUCGCACCCUCAUUUCCUAGAGCUCCGGGGACAUGGAGGCCUGAGGUCAUCGGCCUGAGGGAAGAACACUGGGCCCAGGGGAGAUGGGAAUUUUCAGCAGGAAGUUUAUCGCGACGCUAAUGCCAGACGCCAGGAAGGGAGAGAGGAGCCUCCUGUGCAGAUCAUCUACAAGAAGCUGGACUCUUCUAGAAGGGGCAAAAUAGAGUGACCAGGUUUUCCUCCUAGGAGCCAUGGAGGUAUUUCUAGGAGGCAGUGGAGGGAAAGUGAGAAACCAGGGGUGUUUCUGGUUCCACCCCUUCCUGCGGCAAAACCUCCCUUUUCACGUUGCUGAAUCCCAGCCUCCCCUGGGCUGGAAGCUGGAGUUCCUGUUUCCUAUGGACUUGGUUGCCACAGUCCAGAGCAUUUGAAGGCACAGCGUGGGCACUCAGAUUGUCACGGAAUUCUUUGUAAAAUAUGAAAUUACUGCCAUAGGAUUUUAAGAGAUAGUUUAAUAGAUACUGUACAUUUUAUUGGUUUAUUUUUCAAAUGUUGGCCAUAGAAUUAUUACUAGGUUGAUUUAAAAUAGUUUGGGGUUUUUGUAGUUUUGAAAACAUGCUGUUCCUAUAGAGUUCUCUGACGGUUGUUAUAUACACAUAAAUAUAAUUUAGUUUUCAUUUUUAAGAGAGGAUUCUUUUUAUCGUCAAUGUUUUCUCUUUAAAUCGUUUCAUCUAUUAUUAAAUGUGCUCCUGAAGCGAGCACUCUUGUUAUCUAUGAUACUGACCUAAUAUAUCCAUUAUAUUUAUAGCUAGGUGGUAGUUCCCCUACAUUCUUGUAAAUAGAAAUGUUUAUUUUCUGUUUACUGUUGGUUACUGAAUUGUGAGAAUUCAGUUGUGAUUUUUAA